AUGCUGCUUGCCUUUGUGGUGUUUGUUUUGAUUUGUGCACGUUUUUAUCUUAAGCUCAUCAUUCAACGCAAGCGACUCGAAGCAAGCGAUUAUUUGAUUCUUUUAUCAUGGGUGUGUGCCAUUGGCGGCUCGUCGGGCGACAUUUUUCUGCUUCACAUCCGAGUGCCUUCGGAAACGCUGGCCACUUUUGCGAAUUAUACGCCCAGCAGCCCUGAAUCUUUUGUAUUUAUAUUAAAGUAUCUACUUGCCGCUGUUUUCCCUUUGUAUACCAGCUUUUAUUUAUGCAAAUUCGCCAUCCUCGCUGUAUACCUGCAGCUUUUCCCUCGCCACAUGAGGGAAAAAAGAUACGCGCUGUACGCUACAAUCGGUUAUAACGUUGCUGCAUUGGUUGCCAGCAUUUUAACUCUUAUUUUGUCCUGCUUACCGGUAGAGCGCAAUUGGUCACUCGACCCCGCGGACGCAUGCCCUGACCGAUUGGCAGUUUCUGACGCGUUAUGGGUGCUUCAUAUUUCAUCCUCCCUUAUGGAGACUAACCAUGAGGCAGUUUACAUACUUCCCUUUCUGAUCCUGAAAGGAAUGCAGCUUAGGAAACCGGUCAAAGUUGGUCUUUAUUUUACCUUUGGUCUCAGCGGCAUUGACCUCGUGGUCAGUAGCGUCAUGAGGUUCGUCUGGUUUCGAUCCGACCCAGAUAAUCUUAUCAUGUCGACUAUAGAUCUUUACUACGCAACCGACAACUACAUCUUCCUGAUCAUCGCAUGCCUGCCGCCGCUGCGACCGUACCUAGGCAAUCUCCACUCCUCUGAAAGCAGCGGCCCGUCCUGGAGACGGAGCAAGUCAUCGUCGAAUGGAUCUUCGAGCUCGGGAGACAAAGGUCACAACGCUCUGCCGAGGCAGACUAAAUUGUCCUGGCGCACGUCGCAGCUGUCGCCGAUAUCGCCAACGGCCGCCGCCGCGCGGCUGGGCAGCACCGACACCCUAGAUGACCAUGGCAUGGAGCUACAUAGUAUUGCUGUUUGA